AUGAAUGAAACUACAGACAAACUUAACUCUUCUCUUAUUCUUCCUUUCAGCAAAGAUUAUGAAUUCUGUUCAAAUGGUGUGUAUUUCUAUUGUGGAAAGAUGGGUUCAGGAAAGACAUUUAACCUCAUUCGUCAUAUACUCAUAACAGAGCGUUUAGGAAACGACUCUUACUAUGACCAAAUCAUUGUAUCAGCAACUUCAGACUCUAUGGAUUCAACAACGAAAACAUUCAUGAGUAAAGUUCAAGCAUCUGUCGUUAAAGUUCCAGAUAGCGAACUCAUUGAAUUUCUUCAACGUUACAUUCGACGUAAGAGAAAAUAUUAUGCUAUUGUAGAGUUCAUACAGUCAGGAAUGCAAAAGACUUCAGAAGAGAUGGAAAGAAUUAUUGACAAACACCACUUACGUCAGUACUCAGGAGUUUACGAUAUGAAACGACUUACAAACUACAUUCUGUCAAAACUUUCAAAAUACCCCUUCAAAAAGUAUCCUUCAAAUACUCUGCUCGUUUGUGACGACUUCGCCGGAAAAGGUUUAGUGUCAAAACCAGACUCACCAUUAGCUAACAUCAUUACUAAAGUCAGACAUUACCAUUUAACUGUAGCAAUACUUAUGCAAACAUGGCGUUUCCUUGCUUUAAACAUAAAACGUCUCAUAACUGACUUCGUUAUAGGGUUGUUAAAAAUAUCAAAAAUUCGCGUUUUGAAGACACCAUGGUGUCUUAUAAUUUUCCCUUCCUUAUUGGCGUGUAGAAAUAAAUGUGCCAAUAGAUUGAAGAAGAAGAAUUGUUUUUCUCUUAAUGAACUUUAA